AUGGACCCGACCUUAGAGGACUUUAAGAGACGAAAAGAACCUAUCAGAUCUCCCAGAGGAGCUAGAGGUCAGCAAACUCCUCGACCUGCUCCGACCAAGUUCUUCCUGCCUCUGAAUAUCGCCUUUUAUGUUUGCUUCGCUUCGCAUCUCCUAGCGGCAUUGUAUGCCCCGAUCCAGGACUGCGAUGAGACCUUCAACUAUUGGGAACCACUGCAUUACUUAAACCAUGGUUACGGGCUUCAGACAUGGGAGUACUCUCCAGAAUUCAGCAUUCGGAGCUGGGCAUAUAUCGGUCUACACGCCCUCCCCGCAAAGAUCGCCGGCUUUUUUGGCGGGUCGAAGACGUUCGAAUUCUAUGCCCUGCGUAUCGUGUUGGCAUUUAUCUGCGCGGCGACUGAGGUCCGUCUUUAUUCAGCCACAAGUCGGACCAUCAAUCCAAGGAUCGGCGUCAUCUACCUCAUGAUUGUUGCUUUCUCCCCCGGGUUUUUCUACGCCUCUUCUGCAUUUUUGCCAUCUAGCUUUGCCAUGUACACGUCUGCCUUAGGUCUGACAUGUUUUAUGGAUUGGCACGGAGGUUCUAAAAUAGCCGCAGGCAUCAUGUGGUUUGGAAUCGGUGCUCUGCUCGGAUGGCCGUUCUCAGGCGCUUUGAUUAUUCCAUUCGUCGUCGAAGAAUGGCUCAUGGCGGUGGUAGGGCAAGCAGAUCUUUUUGAGACUUUCAGACGGUUCCUGGACGGUGGCGUACGGUGCUUGGUAGUUCUGGCUCUUCAGAUCAGCAUCGACACAUUCUUUUACCACAAGAUCGCGGUGGUGCCUUGGCGUAUCGUCGCCUACAAUGUCUUCAGCGGCAAGGAUCGUGGUCCUGACAUAUUUGGGACGGAACCAUGGGAUUACUACCUGAGGAAUCUGCUCCUGAACUUCAACAUGUGGUUUAUCCUUGCAGCAAUUUCAGGACCGCUCGUCCUGUUCCAGUCGGUUAUCCUGCGCCAAUAUCCCACCAAACAAACACUUCUCAGGACACUUACCUUCCUCUCUCCGUUCUAUUUGUGGCUGGUCAUUUUCACCAUUCAACCCCACAAGGAGGAAAGGUUCAUGUUUCCUGCUUACCCUUUCCUCGCGUUGAAUGCCGCUAUCGCAUUCCACUCCCUGUUGGCAUGGAUCGGAUCCACGGAUUCGUUCAUUUUUGGGAAAAUCCCGACAAAGCUCAAACUAGCCGCCAUUUUGCCGAUUGUGCUCCUCGCCAUCAACACCGGGCUGCUGCGUAUCGUGGGUACAAUGACCGCGUAUAGGGCCCCGUUGCGGAUCUACGACAGUCUCAACGCGUCAAACCUGACGCAGGAAGACAAUACCGUCUGCUUCGGCAAGGAUUGGUAUCGCUUUCCAUCCUCGCAUUUUCUCCCCGACGGUAUCCAUGCGAAAUUUAUCAAGAGUGAAUUCGACGGUCUCUUACCUGGAGACUUUCACGAGGGCAAGACUGGGUUUGGGUUCUUUCCGGGAACGUGGUUGAUACCGCCUGGAAUGAACGAUCGAAACGAAGAAGAUCCUGCAAAAUAUAUCGAUGUCCAGCAUUGCACGUUCUUAGUUGACUCCUACAUGCCCGGCAUGCAGGCUACCGAGCACGAACCACUGUAUAUUCUGGACGAAGAGCAUUGGGAGAGGAUGGCGUGCGCACCGUUCUUGGACGCUUCGCGAACUGGAACACUUGCUAGGACGAUCUGGAUUCCCGAAUUACCAUUCAUUCCUCCCAGAUAUCGGCGGCAUUGGGGUGAACACUGCCUGCUGCGCCGAAGGAAGGCAUGA